GCGAAAAAUACUCGCGCCGCGCUCGCGAUGGCGCGAAGGAACAAGGGAGCUCUCGCCCUUCUUGUGUGCAUCUGCUUGCUCAUCGCUUCGGCGGAGGCGGAAGCUCCGUACAGAUUCUUCGACUGGGAGGUCACCUAUGGCGACAUCAGUCCCCUGGGUGUUCCGCAACAGGGAAUUUUGAUCAACGGGCAGUUUCCCGGGCCGGAGAUCGAGUGCCAGACCAAUGACAAUCUGAUCAUCAACGUGCGCAACAGCUUGCCGGAGCCGUUCCUGCUAUCAUUCAACGGUUUGCAGCAACGCAAGAACUCGUGGCAGGAUGGCGUGUCCGGCACCAACUGCCCGAUCCCGCCGGGCCAGAACUUCACGUACCAUCUGCAGGCCAAGGACCAGAUCGGCAGCUUCUUCUACUUCCCUUCACUGGCGUUCCACAAGGCCGCCGGCGGCUUCGGCGCCAUCCGCAUCCAGAGCCGCCCGCGGAUCCCCGUCCCGUUCCCCCCGCCGGCCGACGAGUACACCGUGCUCAUCGGCGACUGGUACAAUACCAGCCACAAGGCUCUUCAAGCUACGCUGGACAGUGGAAACGAACUGCCUUCCCCUGAUGGCAUCCUGAUUAACGGCAAGGGUCCAGAUGGUGCAAACUUCACCGUUGAGCAAGGAAAGACGUACAGGCUGCGCAUUUCCAACGUUGGCCUUCAGAACACGCUCAAUUUCAUGAUCCAAGAUCACGACAUGUCGCUGGUUGAGGUGGAGGGCACCCACACGGUGCAGAACUCAUACACCUCCCUCGACGUCCACCCCAGCCAGUCGCUCUCCGUGCUGUUCACCGCCAACCGCCCGGCAAGGGAUUACCACAUCGCCGUCUCCACCCGCUUCGCCAACAGCACCCUCAACUCCACCGCCGUGCUCCGCUACGCCGGCUCAAGCCUCCCCGUUUCCCGGUGGCUGGCCGCUGGGCCCAGCGACGUCAACUUCUCCCUGAACCAGGCUCGCUCCAUCAGGACGAACCUGACGGCGAGCGGGCCGAGGCCGAACCCGCAGGGCUCGUACCACUACGGCUCCAUCAACGUGACCCGCACCAUCCGGCUGGCCAACUCGGCGGGGCAGGUGGGCGGCAAGCGGCGGUACGCCGUGAACGGCGUCUCGUUCGUGGAGGCCGACACGCCGCUCAAGCUGGCGGACUACUACAACAUCAGCGGCGUGUUCCGGCUCGGCGGCAUCCCGGACGCGCCGCCCGUCGAAGGCGCCGCGGAGGUGCGGAACGAGACGGCCGUCAUGGACUCUGACCACCGCUCCUUCGUCGAGGUCGUGUUCGAGAACAGCGAGGAGAGCGUCCAGAGCUGGCACCUUGAUGGCUACAGCGUGUUCGUCGUCGGAAUGGACGUGGGAAACUGGAGCGAGCAGAGCAGGGAAGGCUACAACCUUGAGGAUGCCGUGUCGCGGUGCACGGUCCAAGUGUACCCAAGAGGGUGGACGGCAAUUCUGAUCGCGCUGGACAACGUUGGCAUGUGGAACGUGAGGUCGGAGGUGUGGGCUCGCAGGUACCUGGGCCAGCAGUUCUACCUCCGGGUGUACACGCCGACGCACUCGUUCCGCGACGAGCUCCCCAUCCCGGACAACGCGCUCCUCUGCGGCCGCGCCACCGCCACCAACAGCAGCCGCCUAGCCUCGCGGUACUAAGCAAGCAGGCUGAGGGUCAACAAGACAGCCAGAGUUUGACACCCCAGGAAUGAUCCAACGUACGUUCGUGUGAUAGCAGUGUGUAAUAGUUGAACGGUCCUGUCGAGUUUGGGCUAAAUGGAUGCCCUCGAUACAAACAUUUUUG